AUGGGAUUAAGUAGAGUCUGGUCGACGACUGAUAAAGAUGGUCCCACAUCUCAUAUAAACGAAAAAGGAAUCGGAUGGAUAAUCGCCGCAAUUUUCAUCAUCGGAGAAACCGCUGGCGGUGGAAUGAUUGCUCUUUCCUAUGCUCUCACAUCAAUGGGUCUGAUUCCCGGGCUGAUUCUUCUUCUCCUAUGUUCUGGAUUCUCACUUUAUACAGCCCUUGAGCUGUGCUGGACUUGGAAAAUCAUGCAAAAUCGAUGGCCAGAGUAUAGAGGAGAUCACUGCCGCAAGCCGUAUGGAGAAAUGGCAUACAGAACAAUCGGUCGUAAAAUGAGAUCCUUCAUUGCCUUCAUGAUCUGUAUCACUCAAAUCGGAUUCGCCACUGUUCUAGUUCUCCUUGCCGCCAAGAAUCUUUCCAUUCUACUGCACUUCUUCUUUUCUUUAGAUAUCAACCAAUGUUAUCUAAUUCUAAUCGUUGGACUUGCUGUCUGGCCAGCCACCAUGCUCCCAUCACCAAUGCAUUUCUGGCAAGCUGCUCUAUUUUCCGCAGGCUCCAGUACAUUUGCAGUGAUUCUCGUGGUUAUAGGAUUGGCUCAUGAUGCUCCCGUGUGCUCUCAAGAUGUUCCACACGAGGAGCCCAACCUUCUGAAGGCUUUCAUGGCGUUCGGAACAUUUGUGUUUGCAUUUGGAGGUCAUGCAACGCUUCCAACGAUUCAACACGAUAUGAGAAAACCCGCUCAUUUUGUGCAUUCUGUGGUUUUGGCUAUAAUUUUCUGCACAUGCUUGUAUCUUUGUAUUGCUGUUGGUGGAUAUUUAGUUUACGGAAGCACCGUUGGGGAAGCAAUUAUUCCUUCGCUACAAAUCAAAUGGAUUCAACAAACUGUGAAUCUGAUGAUUGCUGUUCACGUUAUCACUACCAUUGUUAUUGUUAUGUCACCACCGAUUCAACAAGUUGAGGCGUUACUCAAAGUACCACAUAAAUUUGGAAUUAAACGAUUCCUGGUUCGUACGGUGCUUUUCUGGUUCGUCAUCUUCAUUGGCCUCUCUAUUCCACAUUUUGGGCCCGUUCUUGAUUUGGUACGGUUUCGAAAUUCUCCUCUAAUCGGUCACAUAAUACUAAAAACAACAAUAACUUUUCAGAUCGGAGCAUCCACGAUGGUUCUGAUGACCCUAAUUCUACCUCCAAUCUUCUAUCUCUCUAUCAGAACUCAGGAAGUAAUUUGGCUUCAGGAAAAUGAAAAAAACGAAGAUGUAGCAGAACCACAUCACGAAAGAGUCACUUUCAAAGAAAUCCUCCGUCUAACUCCUAAGCCAAUUCUUGCCUUGAACGCUGCUGUUCUAAUAUUCGGAAUAAUUGGAGGAACACUAUCAACAAUCACUUCUCUCAUCCGCCUAGCUGAUUCUGAUAUGGCAGCACCAUGCUACUGGCAAUACUUUACAAAAGGUCUCCCAUUCUCCGGUGACAAUACUGGAUCUGUUAGCUGUUGCGGUACAUACCGUAACCUUACAGUAUCCGGACAAAGCCCGAUUGGAUAUUGUUCGCAUCCCGAUUUUUAA